UUCCCUCACAGCCGACCCCUCUGGGAGAAGCUCCAGAGCCUCCAGUGCCAUUUCACCUGGGACUUCGAGAUCAAGGAUAAGGUGGACGUAAUGCACAUCCUGACGACGCUGGCUCUGCGCAUCAAGCACACCGGGUACCGUAACCGGGGUGUCUACCUCGCCAUGCGGGCAUACCUGCAACACCUGGAAGGGCAGGACAAGGAGGCUCUGGGGACCCUCCGAGACGCAGAAGAGGCCCUGAAGGAAGAGCACCCCUCCGACUUCUCCCGCCAGGUCCUGGUGACUUACGGGAACUACGCCUGGGUUUAUUACCACUUGAGCAAUUACGAGAUGGUGGAGCGCUACCUGGGCCAGAUCCGUGAGAUCUGCCAGUCCCUGGCCAGCCCGGAGCCUUACUCGGUGGCGAUCCCCGAAGUGGAGGCCCAGAAAGGCUGGUCCCUCUUGGCCGGGGGCUUCCGGAACGGAGAAGAGGCCAGAAAAUGUUUCCAGAGGGCUCUGGAAGGCGCAGAGGCCAACGAAGAAUUCCGGGCCGGCCUGGCCACCUCCGUUUAUGCCUGCUGGACUCAUUCGUGGAGAGAAGACCUUCGGGAAGAGGCCCAAAGCUUGCUGGAGCAGGUCCUCGUUUCCCAGCCCCAGAAUGCGGAUGUGGAAGUGUAUUUGGCUACGGCACUUGAACAGACAGACCCAGAGAGAGCGAAACAUCUGGCGGACGACGUGGUCCGGCACAGCUCCAACCCGGAGGUCCUGCGGCUGGCCGCCAAGUUUUCCCGGCGUCAGCCCCUCUCUUGGUCCAUUUCCAUCCUGAAGCAGGCCGUCGCCCUGGAUCCCGGCUACGACCUCCCUCACUACGACCUCGGCGUGUGCUAUCUGCGGGUGCUGGAGAGAAUGCAGCCGGAAAACCGAGGAGAGGUCGCGGCCCAGGCGGCAGAGAGCUUCAAACGGUCUCUGGAAGCAUGCCCCGAAUCGGUGUAUUCCAGGCUGAAGUUGGCCAGAGCGUAUGGAGAAAAGUCCCCGGCUUACGAGGAAGAGAUUUAUCUGAACCUGAUGGAGAAGCUGCCCACGGUCAGCAAGCGUUGCCAGCAGGCCAUCUACCUGCAUUGGGGAGAUUUCCUCCAUCAGCAGAAGGGGCGGGAGCAGGAGGCGCUGGAGGCGUACAUGGCGGGCUUGAGGGUCCCCGGGGACCAUCCCUUGGAGCAGAAGCAGCUGGUUGGACGUCUGAAGGACCUGGCCAGGAGUUUCCAGAGGAAUGCGGAGAGAGACCGAGCCGAGGAAGUCUACCGCUUCCUUGAGGCCAGGAGGUGUCUGGAGCCGAGGGAGGAGAGGUGGGCGAAGGGCCCCAGAAGAUGAAGGGGGCCCACCACCAUGCUGGGACCUCCAAGGGGACACAAGAGGGGGGCCAGUUUGGUUA